AUGUGCCGCGCACUCGACAUCAGAGUGAUGAUGUUGCAGCCUUUUAGCAACUUUGAGGGGUGGGCAAGAGGAUCUAAAGAGCGAGAGGACGCUUUUGAAAGAGCAAAUGGUUGGAUCAGGAUUAUGGAGGCGUGCGGGACGGAUAUGCUGCAGCAACUAGCCGAUUUAUUGCGGCUACGCAAUAUGCGUCUCGCUUAUGAAAAUUGGUGCUGGUCCACACACGCUCCCACAUGGAAAGAUGUAUGGGACAUAGUCCAAGAAGUCAACAGGCCAAAUGUUGGGCUGUGUCUCGACACGUUUCAGACCGCCGGCAGUGAGUGGGCAGACCCGACAAAUGCAUCGGGACUUGUUGAAAAAGUGGAAGGAGGCGCAGAUAUCAACGAACAUCAGUUGGAUCAGAGGUUCAAGCAGAGUUUGGAUGAACUGGCGAAAACCGUACCGCCUGGCAAGAUCUAUCUCUUGCAGAUCUCCGACGCGUAUAAACCGCUACCCUCACCGCUGGGAAAGAGGGAAAUUGAUGGCAUGAGGCCUCGAGCACGGUGGAGUCAUGCAUUCCGCCCAUUCCCGUAUCAUGGUGGAUACUUGCCUAUUGAAGAUGUCACUAGAGCUGUGUUAGAGACAGGGUUUAGGGGCUGGUUUUCUAUGGAGGUCUUUGAUGGUGGCCUGAGGGGAGAAGUAGGCGGGUAUGGUAUGCGUGAGUACGCGAAGGAGGGGAAAAAGAGUAUGGAUGAGUUGAUUCGACGGUGCAUGCCAGUCUGA